GUGGUGGAGGGGGCUGGAGUUCUGGAAUCUAGCUCCGGGAGGAGCCGAGGAUUCAAGGUCCCUGGUUCGUCCAGAGAGAGAGAGACCAGGAGCGCCGACUCCUGGAUCCCUCGGUGAGGCUGAAAGGGGCCCGCUCCCUUGCACGGUGGGGUCGGAGCUGAGAUUACUGGGCUCCAGAGAGGACGCGGAGGAACCCGACUCCUGAGUCCACGAAGGAGCCCCCCCCUCUGGAGCGCUCUCUAGAGCUUUCGGCCGCGGCCCUGAGCCCUCCUGGGCCCCGCUCCCACGCUACCGGGCCACGCCUCCCGAACUCCAGGCUCCGCCCACCAGACAGGAGUCCGCAGAGGCCAUGGGGACACGGAGCAGCCCGGGCGAGGGGACCCCACCGCCCGCGGUUCCCGAGUGCGACGCGGAGGUCCGGUCUCAAGGGGCCGCCCAGCCCCGGGAGCUCCCCGAGGACUCUCGCGAGCAGAACGUGCCCGAGGCCCCAGCAGAGCUUCCGAGAGGCCAAGGGGCUGAGCAGCAGGCGGAGGAAGAGGAAGAAGUGGGAGAAGGCAGCAGCACGGAGAGCAGCCGCGAUGCGGUGGAGGCUUCGCCUGCCGUUCAGAUCGCGGCCACGCCACCCGCAGCCUCUCAGGCUGGGGAAGGGGUGCGAGGGGCGGCGCGGCGGCUUCGAGUCCAGCAGUUGGAGGCACUGACUCGCGUGGCUUUGAUGGAGCAGCGAGUGAAGGAGCUACAGCGUCAGAGGAAGGAACUGAGGAUCCAGAUGGAGGUGGAGGUGACCCUGCUUCGGGGUGAACUGGCUGGGGAGCGAGUGGCCGUCUGGCGGGAGGAGGAGCAGCUCUGGGAGUUGCUGGGGCAGCAGGUGGAUGCAGAAAAGGGCGGCCAAGAGGAGCGGGAACAGGAACAGAGGCACCUGAGCCAGGAGAGGGAUCGUGUGGAGGGUCUUCGCCAGAGACUCCGAGAGGCCCAGGGGCAGCUUGACUCGCAGCCAGAAGACCAGCGUAAGCAGCUUCUGCAGGGAGUGCAGGAGAUGAGGGAACAGCUGGAUGUGGCCCAGCAUGCCUACGAGGACCUGGAAUUCCAGCAGCUGGAGCGGGAGAGCCAGUGGGAGGAGGAGGAGUGGGACAGUCCCAGGGCCCGGGCGCUGGACCCCAAGGUCCAGGAACUCCAGGCCAGCGUGGUGCGGCACAGGCAGCGGAUCCAGGUCUUGGAGGAGCAGCUCAAGUCACUGGGGGAGCAGAUGGCAGCUGAGAGCUGGGGGCUGAGCCAGAAGAAGGAGGAGGCCCUUCAGACCCUGACCCAGGAAUGGAGCAGACUGCUUAAGCUUAAUUGCCUUCAGGGAACCCCUGGCAGGGACUUCUCUGAGCUCAACCAGGCCCUCACCAAGCUCCUGUUCACCCAGAAGACAGACGGCCAGUUGCUGGUUCUCCAGGACCCCGCUGCUCACGCUGCCGCCGCCACCUCUUCCUGCCUCUUCUCCGUUCACAGCUCCCUCCAGGGCUCCAUUGGCCUCCAGAGGACUGGAAGCCUGCCCCGGAAGAGGGGAGAGAGAGUGAGCCAGAGGGGAUCCCCCCGGCCUCUGUCCUUCUAUUGUACUGGAGCCCUGGAGGCCUCGGCCCUCCCUCCAGCAGCCAGAGACUCCGGGAGACACCCCCUCUAUCAGCUGCUGAACUGUGGCUCCAGAAAUAGUCGUGGGGCCCUCCACCCGGCCAUCGCCCACAUGGAACAGCUCCUGCAGCAGGCUGUGGCAGAGAGAGAACGGCUGCUCCAGGCCAGGGAAGCGACAAGAAGGAGCACGGAAGGUGCCUCAGACUCCCCUGUACCUGCCAUCAUGGCCCCACCCACAGCCCCAUCCUGCCCUCCUGGCCCUCGGGUCUUGGAUCUCCGGCAACACCUGGAACGCUGGGGCCACAACCCGGAAAGCUGCCCGCACAUACGGGUGUCCGGGGGCUACUGCCGCGGACCCCUGGUGAAGAUGGGAGGCCGCAUCAAGACCUGGAGGAAGCGGUGGUUCUGCUUUGACCGCCAGGCCCGCCGCCUGGCCUACUACACAGACAAAGAAGAGACCAAGCUCAAAGGCGUCAUCUACUUCCAGGCCAUUGAGGAAGUCUACUACGACCACUUACGCUGUGCCUUCAAGAGCCCGAACCCUCGCCUAACGUUCUGUGUCAAAACCUACGAACGCCUUUUCUACAUGGCGGCGCCAAGCCCAGAAGCCAUGCGCAUCUGGAUGGACGUCAUCGUGACAGCGGCGGACGAGAACCACGCCCCCUGGAGAACCACGCCCCCUGAGUGAACACACCCUCUCAGGGGGACAUCCCAGCGAGGCUCUGCCCCCGCACGCGCUGCCUCGAAGCCACGCCCACUGCUGGAAAUCCUGGGCCAGCCCCUUCGGAAUUCUCCCGGGAAUUUUGUGGGCUCGGCGGGCUCGGCAGGUCUGAGCUGCGCCGUUCUGGGCUGCAGGUGUCUUCUCCGACGGGAAGCCAGCCCCUGAGGCUCUGCCCCGGGUGGGAGGAAGGUUGCAGGGGCGGGAAGGAACUAUUUAUUGGUGCUCCUGUGAUACCGAAUUAAACUUGGAGGAAAAACAGUGGUUACUGCUGAGGCUCCCAGCACAGGCGUACGGGGCCCUUCGACCCUAGGCAGGACAUCUGAGUUACGGGUACCUCGGAGACCAUGCAUCCUUUAGCUGUUCUACCCUUUAGGAAUGGAGACCUUUAACCCCAAGGUCAUGGCUGGGAGGGGCGGGGCUGUGGGGAGGCAUGCGUCCUUAGUCUUGUGGCAAUUUUGUUUUUUCAGUUUGUGGGCCCUCCUGCUUCCACCCUUUGGGACCUGACUGGGCUAUUGGCAAUUUCUAGGAACUCCUAGUCUCCUGCCCUCCAGGCGGUGACACAUGUUAUUCCCUUCGCCCUUCCCUUAACCACCUAGCUCCUUAUUCUUCGCGUCUUAAUUGGGAUGUCCCCUCCUUCAGGAAGCCCUUCCUGACUCCCUCAGCUGGAUCAAGUACCCCCCUCUGAGCCCUCCUGUCCCAUUCCUGAACAUCAUGGGUCAUCACUGGUGAUGGAUCUAUGUCCUGAUGGACUGGGAGCUCCAUGAGGGCAGAGCCAGGGCUGCCCUGGUCAUGGCGUGUCCCCAGCACCAGAGGGCAUAUUUCAUCCCAUGAAAGUGGAAAAAAAAAAAAAA